GCCAGGGCCCUUCCGCGUGUGACCCGCUUCCGCUUCCGGGCCCAGCGUCCCCCGUUCGCCCAGAAGAGCUUUGCAUUGUGGGAGGCCCUUCCUUUCUCGCUGCCCGGCCAUCUUGGCGGCUGGUCGUGGUUGGGGGCCGUCCCGCACCUGAGGCAGGAAGAUGGUGGCCGCAAAGAAGACGAAAAAGUCUCUGGAGUCGAUCAACUCUCGGCUCCAGCUUGUUAUGAAAAGUGGAAAGUACGUGCUGGGGUACAAACAGACUCUGAAGAUGAUCAGACAGGGCAAAGCGAAGUUGGUUAUCCUCGCCAACAACUGUCCAGCCUUGAGGAAAUCUGAAAUAGAAUACUAUGCCAUGUUGGCUAAAACUGGUGUUCAUCACUACAGUGGCAAUAACAUUGAAUUGGGCACAGCAUGUGGAAAAUACUACAGAGUAUGCACAUUGGCUAUCAUUGACCCAGGUGAUUCUGAUAUUAUUAGAAGCAUGCCAGAACAGACUGGUGAAAAGUAAACCAGGGAAGUUUUUCUUUAAUAAAACUUUACCAGAGCUCCUUUUAAAAA